AUGCGAUCGCGAAGUGGUUCUGGUGUACGACUCGAUCGUUUAAUGUAUCUUGCUGAAAAAACAAUACUCAAAUAUCAAAAUCCCAUUACUGGUUUAUUUGCAAACAAUGUUGAGUGUUUUCCGUCUCAUGCUUGGGUUCGUGAUAAUCUUUAUGCUGCACAUGCAAUAUGGGCGAUGUAUCGAGCUUAUCAGAAAAGUGCCGAUUUCGAUGAAGAUCUCGCUAAAGCCAAUGAACUUGGACUAUUAUGUGUAAAAAUUAUGCAAUCGUUAAUGGAAUGUAUGAUGCGUCAAGCAGAAAAAGUUGAAUUAUUUAAACGUUUUCAACGAAAGACUGAUGCUUUACAUGCAAAAUAUUCUGUGGUGACUAAAAACGUUGUUGUAAGCGAUCAUGGCUGGGGACAUCUUCAGAUCGACGCAUCUUCAUUAUUUUUAUUAACAUUGGCUCAAAUGACUGCAUCUGGUUUACAAAUUGUUCGAAAUUUCGAUGAAGUAGCGUUCAUUCAAAACUUAGUUUAUUAUAUUGAAACGGGAUAUCGUACACCGGAUUACGGGAUUUGGGAACGCGGUGACAAAACCAACCAAGGUAUUAGAGAAUUAAAUUCUAGUAGUGUUGGAAUGGCUAAAGCUGCAUUACAAGCGCUUGAUGAUGUUGGCGAUUUAUUUGGUGAUGGCUCUAAAGGAUCAGUGAUUCAUGUACUUCCCGACCAAAUUCAACAAUGUUCUGCAGUUUUAACUUCUAUGCUACCGAGAGAAUCGUUUUCAAAAGAGACUGAUUUGGCUUUACUCACCGUGAUUUCUUAUCCUGCUUUCGCUGUAGAAGAAUAUAACUUGGUUAAUUUAACUCGAGAAACAAUAAUCGAGACUUUACUUGGAAAUUAUGGUUGUCGGAGGUUUUUACGCGAUGGUUAUAAAACAGCUUUGGAAGAUCCUUCUCGUUUAUAUUAUAACAAUGCGGAAUUGCAACAGUUUGAAAAUAUUGAAUGUGAAUGGCCUUUGGCGGUUUGUUACUUGUUUCUAGAUGCGAUGUUUGCGCAAGAUGAAAUGAUGAUCGAACGUUAUUGGGCAAUGAUGGAAAAAGUAAUAUUUCAUUUAUAA